CUCAGGCGGGCAAGCCCGAGCCCACUCGCUGCUGCCGGGUGGGUGGCAGUCACGACUGUGCGGUCGCAGGCGAGGUGGCCACGGGAACUGCGGGGCGGGGAGUGCUCUGCCCCCGCCUGCGGAAGUGCAGGGGAGGUGGGCAGGGCCCGGGGCAGGGGCGAGGCCGGUGGAGGGUGGGCGAGCCGGCGCCUUGGCGAGGAUGGAAGUCCCCGGGACGCGGAGCUGAGCGAGUGACCUAGCGCGCGGCGGGCAGGGUGCGCCGGAGGAAGGCGAGCCUCGCGGUUCCCCCAGGAGCCCAACACCUUUCCCGCGCGGCCACGAUGAUCCCCCCGAGCGGCGCCCGAGAGGACGGCGUAGAUGGGCUACCCAAGGAGGCGGCGAGCGCCGAGCAGCCGCCCUCUCCUGCAUCCACCAGCAGCCAGGAAUCCAAGCUCCAGAAACUAAAACGAUCACUUUCUUUCAAGACCAAGAGUUUACGGAGCAAAAGUGCUGACAACUUCUUUCAACGAACCAACAGCGACGUGAAGCUGCCAGCAGACAUGCUGACAGAAGUCAGCCCCAGUUCCAGCCCACUGCCUGCACCCGGAAGCUUGACAUCCACACCCACCAGGGCUGGCCUGCACCCCAACAGUGGCAAGGCACAUGCCCUUCAGGAGCACAUCUUCAAGAAGCCCACUUUCUGUGAUGUCUGCAACCACAUGAUAGUGGGAACAAAUGCUAAGCAUGGACUGCGAUGCAAAGCCUGUAAGAUGAGCAUCCACCACAAGUGUACAGAUGGCCUAACACCCCAGCGGUGCAUGGGCAAGCUGCCAAAAGGGUUUCGGCGUUACUACAGCUCCCCAUUGCUCAUUCAGGAACAAUUUGGAUGCAUUAAAGAAGUUAUGCCCAUUGCCUGUGGCAAUAAGGUGGACCCUGUCUAUGAGGCCCUUCGUUUUGGCACUUCCCUGGCCCAGAGAACAAAGAAGGGAAGCUCUGGAAGUGGCUCUGAUUCACCUCACAGAACCUCGACUUCAGAUCUCGUGGAAGUUCCUGAAGAAGCGGAUGGGCCGGGAGAAGGGUACGAGCUAAGGAAACGCAGCAACAGUGUGUUUACAUAUCCUGAAAAUGGCACUCAUGAUUUCAGCGACCAAGCAAAGAACGUAAACCACCAGGUAUUUAUGGACGUCACAGAAGACAGAUCAGAUAGGAAGGGGUCCUUAGAUCAAACUGCAGAUGACCACCCAAGGGGUCAUGAGAUCCACUUAGAACCUCUUUCCAAAGACCCAUUACAGAUGAACACCUAUGUUGCCUUGUACAAAUUUGUGCCACAGGAGAAUGAAGACUUGGAAAUGAGGCCAGGAGACAUGAUUACUCUUCUAGAGGAUUCCAAUGAAGACUGGUGGAAAGGCAAAAUUCAAGACAGGAUUGGCUUCUUUCCAGCCAACUUUGUUCAGAGAGUACAACAAAACGAGAAGAUUUUUAGAUGUGUUAGAACCUUCAUUGGGUGUAAGGAGCAGGGACAAAUAACACUGAAGGAGAAUCAGAUCUGUGUGACUUCUGAAGAAGAACAAGACAAUGGUUUUAUCAGAGUCCUCAGUGGGAAGAAAAGAGGCCUUGUCCCCCUUGAUGUCCUGCAAAAUGUCUGACUGUGGGUCCCUCCUCCUUGUGACGUAGGCAAGCUCUGCUGUGAUGCUGUCUGCUCAUCUCACUGUGUCCCCCCAGAAAAGCUGCCAUACUGACCGGGACGCCCAGGAAACAGAGAUGGAUUCAAAGACCUGAGACUGUGGAGUAGCAGCCACAAAUCAGAGGCCCCACCGCACAACAUACUCAGGCUGCCCAGAGUGGGGAACAGGCUGAGUCAGCUGGCAGAGCUGGGUGUCGACUUGGUGGCUGCAGCAAGGCUGUCAGCCACUGCUGCCCGCAGAAUUCGACUCUGUCCCUGUCUAUAUGCUGUGAGUCAGCCCACUGGAGUGUGCUCCAGUUUAUGAUGUGGACCUAGUGCUAGGUUCAGAUCUAUCUAGCCAAGGGUUAUUAUGAUUCCAGACAUUUGUCCCCAGUACUGGCCAAUCAAUAUCACAUUUCAGAAUCCAAGCAUUCUCUCUGCAGAGAAUCAAGAAGGCCUCUUUCCUAGCUCAGCAGUCCAGGGUUUACCUGCAGGCCUUGCUUACUUUGUGCUCUACUGAUCAUUCUAUCUUUCUCUUCAGUCCUCCACAUAAGUCCCAGUGAUAUGUAUUAAAUGUGAGGACUCAGUUGACUUGGCACCAUCUGCCAAGGUCUGACCUGCCCCAAAACUGCAAAAAGCAAUUCUUGUCUCUUUGGUUACCAGUAAAAGUAACUGAGCAGGAUCUGGGCAUAGGUAUAAGCAGGGCGGGGAAGUAGGAGUAAGGAGGGCCACAGAGCCACAAUCUAUUGAUAUAAAAACUUUUCCUGAAGGAGAUGGAUCUAGGAAAGAGAAUUUGGCAAAAAGUCUUCAUUCUUAUUUUAUAUCUUCUCUGUUGGGAGUAGCAUUCUCCCUCAUGCUAUCCUGUAAGACUAUAUUUUUGAGGUUGAGCCCAUGUGGUAGAGAACCAGAAACAUGGAGCAUCUUAGAAGUGUAGUGAAAUUGGAAUCAUUCUCCUUUAGGGCAGUACAUUAUACCCUAGCAGAUGUAAAAUGGAAAAGAAUCCUUAAAGCUUUAUCCCUAUGAAAGUCAGGAACAUGGAGCCUACUUAGCAUCAUCUAGGGGAAUCUUUAUUACUCUGUAUUUGUAGUAAUGUUUACAAAAAUACAAUAUACUGUGAUGCCUUCCUCCGCAAGCCUCCUCCUUGCAUUCAAACUUGCAUCCUAGUAGUCAUGAUUAUGUUUAAACUACAAUUCUCAGUGACCUUGAAAUCAAUGUCAGUUUGAUUUAUUUUGUUACAAAGCAAUAAAACCAUUAGAACAAUUGGUUUUUAAAAGACUUAAAUGGAUGCAUCCUGUGCAUGUAAACAUUAUUUCCCAAACCAAAGCAUCAUUAGUCUCCAUUUAUUUCUUUUGUUACUGCUCAGCAUGAAGUUAGGAGCUAAGAUGGGGUAGCUGCUGGUUUCAUAGUAGUUUGGAUUCCUUACUAUCAUUUUAAAGCCAGCAUCCAGGAUUUCCUCCCUCUUUGGUACAACAUGCUAAACCAGGUGUACAGAAUCAAGAUGGAUUCUUUGACAUCCCAGGUAGAUAACAUGACUGCCUUUCUAUAAAAUUGUGUGCCGAGGGCCAGGGAUUUAGCUCAGUGGUUCCUCCACCUGCCUCGUAAGUGGAAGGACCCAAGUUUGAUCCCUGGUACCAAAAAAAAAAAUUGUAUGUCGAAUACUGACACUCUUUGACUCUAAUUCAAUUUUCCAUUUAAUAAAGACAACAGUGGCUAGAAGGA